AUGGAAUCUAUCUGGAACAAGUUUAACGUCGACAGAGCUGCUAUCAUUGAAGAGGCCUUCUCGAUCGCAACGGAACGCGGCCAACAAGAGUGGUCAAACGCUGACAAAGGCGUCAUGAGCCAGGCAGCUAAUGACAUCGUGCGUUCUCUUGGAGGAGAUGUCGGCUUGAUAUUUGUCGAGUUUGAGGUCUUGGUUGCAGCUUCUCGGGGCAUUGGAUCUUUAACUUACUACGAUGAACGGUUUAUGGAGUUUGUUAUGAGUAUCCACAACGACAUUAUAGCUAUUGCUCGUAGAAACGUCGGUCUGGGUGUGUCGCCAGGUCCAAAUGCCGACAUCGCGCAGCAUGUUCUGUGUGAAGGACAGGCCCCUGUUGACUCGAUGCAGUUACCAGGUGGCGAAACUACCUGUACUUGGAAGUCUGAGUAUGAAGAGGUCAGUGAAGAAGGUAAGUACACCACUUCGGUUGUUGAGACUGUAACUUGUGAUGAAUUCUCUGGGGGUGCUUACAGCACAACGUCGACGACCUCAAGUACUUUCAUUCCAUCAAGCAUUCCCAUGCUUGAGAUUCGCGGUGCGUCGGUAAUUGAGUCUGAUGACUCUAACCAUCACAAAGUCAAUGCUUGGGACGGCGUUUUUGAGGGUGCUAUCUUGUAA